AUGCUAAAGCGCUCCUUUCGCAAUUCUCAUGUCGGUUUUGAAGAUUGCGAUUCACGUCAUGAUUAUAGGUGGACUUCAAAACCACAUAAGCGAAGUUACUUACGAUUCGAUGCUGCUCUGCCAAAGCGAACUUUACGGUUAAUUCGCGUUCAACAAUUAAUUGCAAACGCCGCCACGACUUGGAGGACGGAAGGUCGGUUGUGCUUCGCGUGGCUCGCGCGCGGCUAG